AUGCUAACGGCGUCCUUUAAUCAAGACUUCUCCUGCUUUGCUGUGGGCUAUGAGGAUGGUUUCAAAGUGUACAAUGCUGAUCCUAUGGACCUGAAAGUGGAACGUGAUUUCACCGUUGAUGGUGAUGGUAAUGGGCAGGGUAUAGGGAUUGCCAAGAUGCUCUAUAGGACGAAUUACCUUGCGCUUGUUGGCGGUGGGAAGAACCCCAAGUUCCCGCUGAACAAAGUUAUCAUAUGGAACGAUUUGAAGGUGAAGGACGCAUUGAAUCUGAACUUCUUCAGUCCUGUGCUGAACGUGCUGCUGUCGAGAACGCGGAUAGUUGUUGUCCUAAGCAACAAGAUCUACGUCCAUACGUUUGCGUCUCCCCCAAAGAACUUAUCAGUUUUUGAAACUUUUGAUAAUGGUCAUGGGAUUUCAGUGUUAUCCCCUGGUAGUUAUCAAGCUGGUUCUCAACUGCCGAAUUCCCAAGUGCUGGCAUUCCCUGCACGGGUGCAAGGACAAAUACAAGUUGUGGAUAUAUCCUCGAACGGUAAGGAACGGAACUUGGUUUCCAUCAUCAAAGCACACAAAUCACCAAUUAGAUGUCUUGCAGUGAACAAGUCUGGUACAAUGAUCGCAUCUGCGUCUGAAACAGGUACCAUCAUUCGUGUGUUUUCAACCCAAACGUGCUCUCUUCUCUACGAGUUCAGAAGAGGACUAGAUAGGGCAGUUGUAUAUGCCAUGGAGUUCUCGCCAAAUGGCACCAAACUAGCUGUGCUUUCCGAUAAGCAGACGCUUCAUGUGUAUAACAUUUCAGGUUCACACCAACAAGUCAACAAGCACCACAUGCUGAAGAACUUACCAGUUUUCCCUAAACCUGACUACUUCAACUCCACGUGGAGUUUCUGUUCGAUUCAUUUGAAACCGGAUGAGAGUCUAAGCAAGGGGGAUGAGGUUGAUUCGGGAGUCCUUGGCUGGUCAGGCGAUGAUUCGAUAAUUAUCAUUUGGAAGCUGAGCUUCAAAUGGGAGAAGUAUGUCAUUCAAGAAUCGCCAAAUCAGCCCCAUCAUAACGGUGAAUCCGAAGCUAAGAAGUACGAGAUUGUUAAAGAUGGAUGGAGAAGUCUUUAG